AAGCACAUCGGCUUUGUGUGCAGGCAGGGAACUGGUCCGGUGAGUGCAGGAGGGGAGGGUACAGUGUAGUUACAGCAGCUCAUCAUCCAGCCCUCCCAGUCCUAGUGCAUUGUGAACAGCAGCAGAGACCUCAGCAGCAGCAGCAGCAGCAGCAGCAGGGUUUUGCCGCCACUGAGACAAGAAUCACUAUGAGUGGAAAUGAGAUGAUUACCCAGGAACUGUGCAAGGAGUCGGAGAUGAAAGAUGGCGAGAUGAAGGAGUUUGACAUCGAGGGACACUCUAUUCUGUUAGUGAAGAGUAACGGGGUAUUCAGCGCUGUGGGAAACAAGUGUUCCCACUAUGGUGCACCUCUAAGUAAAGGGGUACUGGCAGGUGACAGAGUUCGCUGCCCCUGGCAUGGUGCCUGCUUCAAUGUAAAGACCGGGGACAUAGAAGAAUACCCUGGGUUGGACAGCCUACCCUGUUUCAAGGUCACUGUGUCGAACGGCAGUGUAUGUAUUGUCACCAAUAAAAAGGCACUGGAGAGUGUUAAAAGGUUAAAGGCCAUGAGCGGCCAGUCUGCCAGCAACAGGAGCACUGUAGCCAUUAUCGGAGGAGGCCCCGCUGCCUUGGUCUGUGCUGAAACUCUUCGUCAGGAAGGUUAUACAGGGAGGAUCGUCAUGGUGACCAGAGAAAAGCACAUCCCAUAUGACAGGACAAAACUAAGCAAGGCAAUGAAUGCAAAGGCUACCGAAAUCUAUCUACGGCCUGCAGAAUUUUACUCAGAACACAAUAUUGAAGUAUGGACAGAUAAAGAGGCUGUUUCUGUCAACACAGAUGAAGCAAAGGUCAAGUUUAGAGACGGAUCAUCCCUUCUAUACAGCCAACUUCUAAUCGCUACUGGCAGCAGACCUAGAGAGCUUAGGUGCGCUGGCUCCACUUUACAAAACGUUUUCCAUCUGCGCUCACCUGAAGACGCCAAUGCAAUCAGUGAGGCUGCCGUAGGCAAAAACGUGGUGAUUAUGGGAAGUUCAUUCAUAGGUAUGGAAGUUGCAGCCUUCCUCUCGGACAAAGCAGGUUCAGUGUCUGUAAUUGGAAAAUCUGAUGUCCCCUUCCAGGCUGUAUUAGGGUCCCAAAUAGGAGCAGUCGCAAUGAAGCUGCUGGCAGACCGUGGAAUCAAUUUCUACAUGGGGACAGAAGCCAGAGAGAUCCGGGGAGAAAAUGGACAGGUGAAAGAGGUGGUCUUGAGAAAUGGAACUCAGAUUUCAGCUGACAUUGUGGUUGCCGGAAUAGGUGUAACCCCAGUAUCUAACUUCCUGAAAGGCAGCAGAGUUGCCGUGGACACCAAAGGAGCAAUCUAUGUAGACCAGUUCAUGCGCACCAGUGUCCCUGAUGUCUUUGCAGCUGGUGAUGUCGUAUCGUUUCCUCUCGCCAUGAUGGAGGGACACAGGGCUAAUAUUGGGCACUGGCAGAUGGCUCACUCUCAUGGUCGGAUUGCAGCUCUCAACAUGCUGAACAAGCAAGUACCUGUGAACUCUGUACCAUAUUUUUGGACAUCGCUCCUGGGGAAGAGCAUUCGCUAUGCAGGAUACGGGGAAGGAUAUACUGAGAUUGUGAUGAAAGGAACACUCGAAGAACUAAAAUUUUUGGCUUUUUAUUUGAAGGAUGAUUUUGUAGUCGCUGUAUCCAGCAUGAACUUUGACCCCACUGUAUCAAAUGUUGCAGAAAUGAUCUUUUCUGGCAGAAGAAUCACCAAAAAGGAGGUGGUGGCUGAAGAUUUCAUUAACUUGCUCACCAGCUAAGCAGUAGACAUGGCCUUAAUGACGAUCAUAUGAGGAAAUCCUUGAAUUAAAACAGGAACGGAUAGACCUGGCUGCAUUGUCCAAGUAGAAGCACUAUAAAAGACAAGUCUGUAAUUGUGACCAAUUAUAUCCAAUAUUAUUUUCUUGCAAAAAUAGUAUAUGUACAGAUUUCCAUAAAGAGACUUUAUCUAUAA